UUGCCCAAUUAUUCUGCGGAGUUGCUUGGGACAUCAAAAGCAGAGCAGGAUGAGACUGACCAACAGAACUGCCAGUUGAAAAAAUAUGUGGGUGAAAAUUGCCUCCUGCCCCUCAAAAGCCAAAAACCUUUUUCACUAAUAAGAAUUAAAAUAAAUCUUCAAGACUCUGAUGAUGAUGAACUUGUAAUAGAUGCACCACCACUCAUGCCUACUUCUAAGAAAUCGAAACUAUUUAGAGGCUCCAAAUGUCAGAAUAAAGAUAAAAAGGUAAAUAUCACACCCCUGGAGGAGAAGAAUCUUCAGAUUAGUGCCCCAGAAGAGAAAAAUACAGGCAAAUCCCAACUAACCACACAAAUAGAUGACAGGCACACAUCGGAACCACCCCCGUUACUCAUGGAAACACCACUAGAUAUGAAAAAUAAUGUGGUCUUGAAUCCUGUUAAAACCCAUACGUCUAAGAAGGGAAGCUUUGGUUAUGAAAAGGAUAGCUAUAUCUUAGAAGAAGGUCACAAAAAAACCCUGAAGGAUAGUCAUAAUGAACAUUAUGUAAAGAGCCAGAAAUAUUUCAAAUCGUUUUAUGAUACUCAAAACAAAGAAACUGAAUGUCCAUACUCACUAGGCCGGUCCCAGAUUUCUUGUUCAGAUGAACGUGCAAAAGACAGAGUGCUCAGAGCACAAAACAAUCGUCAGGAGUCCACUGCAUUUGCAGAUAGCAAGGUAACUGAGUGGGAAUCUGGUAAGGAACCUGCUGCCGCUGACAUCGCCCCUGACUCUGGCAACACCAUGAAGGCAUGUCCUCGAAUUCCCAGUGAGUCCACAGAAAAUGAAGCUCACAAAAAGACAAAGCAGGCUUCAGGAAAUCAAGAUAUGUUGAAUUACAGAAGCACUUCUGGGCCAAAGAAGAGAAUUGCACACACUGCCAAAUUUGAUGUUCCAAGCAGUAAAGAGAUCGUUAGCUCGUUCCGGGGACCAGUCCCUCCACCGGCUACCCGCACUGGAAUCCUUCGAGCCCAGCAGCAGGCAGGGCAGAUGCAGGCUGCCGGGAAGAGUGGCCAGGCCUUUGCUGCUGCCACUUCAGAACACAGGAAGAGUGCGUUUGCCUGUCCAGCCUCCCAGACUCGGAGGAAAGAAAAUUCCUUCACAUCAAACAGCAUUCAGCUGGACAUGGCUCUUUCAAAGGAAAAUCCAUCUGGAAAAACAUGCAAAUCGCAUAUUCCUGUGAGAAGCAUUGCUGCUUUUCCUGUGAAGAUGCCAAAAUACACAGUGGCUCAUCGGAAGUGGACUUCAGUGACAUCCGAGUCCUCUAAAGUCCCUGAUGAAGUCAGACAGCGCUAUGUCAGUCUCUUUGUGGAAAGGUAUCUGGACGUUUGUCAGACAAAGGAUGAGGCUCUUAACAAGGCUAAAAUAGAAGAAAAAGCUAUAUAUGAAAGAUGUGGCAGUAGAAAUAUGUAUGUGAACAUAGCAGUGAAUACUCUGAAGAAGCUAAGAGAGCAAGCUAUGUCUGGAAGCGGUAACAGUGAGAAAACUGGGUUUCAAAAGUGUGAGAAGAAAAAUGUGCUCACAGGAGUUACUCUGUACAGACAUCUUAGAAACCACCUUCUAACUGAAGAACAGCUGCGUGAAAAUAACUACCCUCGGCCCAACCCUGACAAACCUGGAUGCGUUCUUUUAAAUCCAUGCAUGACAAAAACUUCUGUAAAUGAUGCUUCUAAGAAGAUCUGUUGUCGAUGUGGCAAAAUAUAUGAUGUGACUCCCUCGGGCAAACACAGUAGGGUAGAAGAAUGUUACUACCACUUUGGCCAAGUACGAAGUCAUAAAGUCCUUGAUGGCUUAGAAUCUCGGUACAGCUGUUGUGGAGGAGUGCUUGGAUCCCCUGGGUGUCAGGAGUCCAAGCUUCAUGUUCAUGACCAAAAAGAAAACCUAGAGGGUUUUGUGAAGACUUCCGUCAAAAUCCCACCUGCUGAUGGUAACUAUGGCGUGUUUGCAGUAAAUUGUGAGAUGUGCUAUACAGUCAAAGGCUUGGAACUUACUCGAGUGACAGUGGUUGACUCCAGCUUCCAGAUGGUCUGUGAUACAUUUGUGAAACCUGAUGAAGAAAUCAUUGACUAUAACACUAGGUUUUCUGGUGUGGUAGAAGAUGACUUGAAGAACAUUAGAACCUCCAUCCGUGACGUGCAAGCCAUCCUGCUGAACUUGUUUAGUGCGGAUACCAUACUAAUUGGACACAGCUUUGAACAAUGUCUGUAUGCUCUUAAGCUAAUUCACACUUGCGUUGUGGACACAACAGUUAUGUUCCCUCAUCGGCUAGGUCUGCCUCACAAAAGAUCCCUUGGGAGUCUAGUGGCUGACUACCUGCAGAGAAUCAUUCAGGAUGAUGGUCACAAUACUAGUGAAAAAGCAAAAGCUUGCAUGGAGUUGGUCCUUUGGAAAGUGAAAGAAGACCUGAAAGGAAAGAAGAUUCACCCUGCCCUAGAACAUCUUUAGUCUCUGCCAUGCCUCCUCAGUGAUGCCGCUGGCCCCUACUGCAGGCAGUAGGGUGUGGUCUGUAAUGAGCCGGGUUUCUCGACACUUCCAAAGAGAAGAGGAGGAAGAAAGUACUGUUGUGGUUUAUUUAUUACAUUUUAAACGUUAGCUUCUCAUACUGAUUUCCAAAGUUGGAACUGGGGUGGGGGUGGGAGGGGCGUUCUGAGGAAUGAAGUGUGUUUCGAUUUCAGCUCAUCUUCCUAGUGUUCCGCUUCAGAUUGUGAAUGCGAGUGGGAAAUGGCUUCGACCUGAAGUACGAAGUCUAUGACUUUGAUAAAGGCCACUCCUCACAGUACCUACACUUCUUUGUGUCCCUUGAAAGCCAAAACCAUCAUGUUGCUCCAAGUUCUAAACACCUUUACCUAAAAGUUGUGGUUUUCUUUAGGCCUCCUAUACACACAUAGAAAUAGACUUUUUCUCCCUCAAGAGUUUCUAUUUAAGUAAAUGUAAAAUUUCCAGUGUACUCUGUUGAUAUAAAGUUUUGAUUAUUUGGCUGUUGUGUAAUGUGUUUUUAUUCUCACUGAUGGGUUGUUACUUGAUUUUAAUACAUUCAACAACUCACUGAUUUUUUUAAAAGGCAAUUUAUAUAUGGAUUUUCUAAAUAUGCUAACUUCUAUAUUCCCAAUGCCUGAAUUAUCUAAUCUCUUUAAGGGUUUAGGUCUUUUUUUCUUUGAUUUUAUGUUUUGUUUUGGAUGUUGGACGGUGGCAACCACAUGACUUUAUCAACUCUUCUGAGGAAAAGUCCAUGAAUCUUCAGUAUCAAUAGCACUAACAUACUACAGAAUUACAAAGGUUUCUUGGUAAGUGGUGUAGAUGAGCCUCUGGGUAGUCCAUAAGACAGCCUGCUGACAAAAGUAAAUUAGUUGCCUUCUAACAGUUGAUUGUGAUGCUAUGCCCUCAAAUUGUAUAUACACACACCCCUACCUCAAGUUUACAGCCUUGGUGUUUUCAAUUUACAACUCAAUCUCGGUUACCGCGGAGAAGCUUUUUCCUGCCACCACAGGUGCUUCUUAGCCAUCUCUCCUGGCAUGUUCUGGGUAUGAACUGUAUAAUCAGGAAGGACCAACUAUUUUUGUCCUCCAGAAACUUUUUAUUUAAGGAAUACAAACUUGAUACAUUUCAUAAUUACAGCUUUAGGAACAUGGUGAUUCUUCCCACUGUACUGGCCCUCCC